GGUUCUUGCCAGCCAAACCCUAGCAGUAGCAGCAAAACAAACCCUCAAUCACUCCACCUCCAUCAAUGAGAAAGGUAAAGAAAACAGCCUCCGUGGGUUCGAAUAGAAGGAGAACAGCAAAACCACCAGGAAGUAGUAGUAGUAGUAGCACAGAACAAUCCAAAUGUGUAGUGGCUGAGCUGCCCAAUGCUUUGAUAAUAGACAUCCUAUCAAGAUUGUCCAUCAGGCCCCUCCUCAACUGUAAGUCUGUCUGCAAAACUUGGCUUCAUUUAAUGUCAGACCCUUUUUUUGUCAGGCUCCAUCUGGAAAGAUCACCCACUACUCUCUUGAUUCAGAAGACACCCUUCGUACGUAAAGAAAGUACAGAGAUGUUACUCAUUGAGAUAGUUGAAGAAGACAUCAGCAAACCUUUUUAUAUUGAAAUCAUCAGGUUGUUUCCCGCCAAAAACUUUCCUGAUACUGAUGUUAGGAUUUUGAAUUCUUGCAAUGGGUUGCUUUGCUUGUAUGAAGAUUCUGGAGACAAAUCUGAUAUGAUGGUUCAUGUUUGUAAUCCAGUGUUAGGGGAGUACAUAGAUAUCCCAGUAGUUAAUACUGACAAAAAAUUUGAACAUCACCUUGCUUUUGGAUUCAGUUCGGUGAGUAAUCAAUACAAAGUGCUGCAGACAUUUUAUCCUGAGAAAGACUUAACUGCUUCUCCAUGUCUGGCAGAAAUAUACACGGUGGGUACUGGACAAUGGAGAAGCAUUGGAAAUGCUCCUUUCAGACUUCAAUCUCUGGACGCCAAUGCUUUUUUGCAUGAUUCAAUUCAUUGGAUUGAAUAUAGAUCUAACAGUGCUGGGUUUGUUUCUGCCUUUGAUUUUGCGUUGGAGCAGUUUAAGCUAGUGGCCUUACCUCCUGCUUCUCAAAUACAUGAUGGUAUGGGGAGGUGCUAUCCUUCAUCCGUCGGAGUUAUAAAAGGUUGCCUAUUCAUGACUAAUGGUGUGUGUAUUGAAAAUGAGAAAUUUGAGAUAUGGGUCAUGGAAGAGUAUGGCAUCAAGGAGUCUUGGACCAAAAAGUUUGUGCUUUCAAACUUAGAAGUACAGCAUUAUGUCUCUUACCAGCCCUUAUAUUUCUUAAGCUCUGGGGAAAUCUUGUUAUGUGAAGAUGAUGAAAGUAUCGGCGUUUAUGUCCCAAAAUUGAAGAGAAUUCAUGAGGCAAAAUUCUACAAGGGAAAAGACUGCUUUCUUGUGACUGCCCACAACCCGAGUUUUGUGUCACUCCAAGAUAUUGCGAAAGGAGAAGAACUUAAGGUGUUAAGGACCUAGCCGGGCUGAUAGAGAUUUUGCAGGCACAGCUUCUUCAGAAAACGGGUAAUGGGGGGGGUGCUAAUUUUGGUUUCUUGAAGGGGGAUUAAGUAUGAGUAGGAACUGUAAGAUGCAUUGCUAGUGAUCAAGAACUAUAAGAUGCAUUGCUUUUGAUAUGACUGUCGAUUGAGCCACGUUCCUCGGGUCUAUCCCGAAUUAUGUAUUUUAUGCAUCUGAAUUAGUUUGUCCGACUUUGACAAUGAUAUCAUGUGCUUACUA